CAUUUUUUUUUUCAUUUUUUAAGAAAAUACAAAAUGCCGCUGAUUGUUGUGUGUGGUUAUCCUUCCUCUGGUAAAACAGAAAUUAGUAACAAGAUAAAACAUUUCAUUGAGACAGAAAAACAAAAAACAGUAAAGAUUGUCAGUGAAAAUAAAAUAGUGGAAGCUACAAAGAAUAAAGUUUUUGCAAGUUCUGUAGAAGAGAAAAUAGUACGUUCUGCUUUGCGUGGAGACGUUGAACGGUACAUAUCUCGUGACAGUGUAGUAAUAUUGGAUGGGUUAAACUAUAUUAAAAGUUUUCGUUAUGAACUUCAUUGUGUUGUAAAAGCUGAGAAAACACUGCACUGUGUUGUGUACUGUGGUAUACCAAAAGAAACCUGUUUUAAAUGGAAUGAGUUACGACCUGAAAAUGAAAAGUACACAAAAGAGAUAUUUGAUGCACUUGUUAUGCGUUUUGAGGAACCAGAUAGUCAAAGAAGAUGGGAUUCACCAUUGUUUACAAAAUCAUUGGAAACUGAUGUUGACUUCGAAGCAUUGUAUGAUUCGCUUUACAAACGUACUGCCCCUCCACCCAAUCAAUCCACCAUUGCCACCCCUGUUAGUAAAGGUAAUUUUAUGCAUGACUUAGAUAGAGAAACUCAAAGUAUUAUAAUAGAAGUACUGGAGCUACAAAAAUCUGCUUUCGUUGGGGACAGUAUCCCAAUUUCAAAUACAACUGAAAAGUUGACACUACUAAAAACAUACAAUAUGGCUGAACUUCGAAGAGUUAAGAGACAGUUCAUAACAUAUGCAAAGAUGCAUCCAGUGGAAGACAUUACAAAGCUUAGGAAUAUGUUUGUUCAAUUUUUGAAUAAUAGUGUGCACUAGGAAAUAACUUAUUUUAUUUAUUUUAUAAAUUACAAUAAUGUAUUUUAGGUGAAAAUAUUUCAAAUAAAUUAUCAUUUUG